AUGAAUUCUCAGUUGAAGAAAAGUAUUGACGAGUUCUGGAAGCCGGCGCCAAAAACGUUCCGGACGCUUGCUCAAGACAGCAUUGUGAGUUAUUUUCGACUUUUUCUUAUUUACAGCUUUACCGGAAGUGGAGAAGGUAGACGCUCUUCAAAUUGAACUAAAACGGUUCCUAGAAUAGAAAAAAAAGAACUUUUUCCAGAAGUCUGGAGGGAUUUGGGAAGCGGAACCCAAGAAAUUGGAUCGAGAUGAGCGGAGAGAAGACGAUACCGGGUCAUUACGACUGAAAGAAAACAAGGAUCAGUGGAAUAGCAGGUGGAAGAAAUGA